AUGAAGAGACAGACAUUAAACACUAUGAUGUCAUCAUCCUACACCAUCCUGGAAGCUCGCACCGAUCUAGGUGGCACCUGGGAUCUCUUCAAGUAUCCUGGUAUCCGUUCCGACUCUGACCUUUCCACCUUCGGCUUCCAAUUCAACCCCUGGUCCCGCGAAAACCCCAUCGCCGAGGGCUCUGCCAUCAAGGAAUACAUACGCGACACAGCGACUAAAUACGGUAUCGACAAACAUAUCCUCUACAGCCACCAUCUAUUAUCCGCAGACUGGUCCUCCGAUGAAAACACCUGGUCGCUCGCCGUCGACUACAAGAACUCCCAACACACCUACACCGCCCGCUACGGCCAGGUCGUUCACCCGCAAUUCUGGACCGAGGACUUCCAGUUCCAGGACAAGAAGAUCGUGAUCAUCGGUUCUGGUGCGACCGCCAUCACUCUCCUCCCCAAUCUCGCCGACCAUGCCGCCCGUGUCACAAUGCUCCAGCGCAGCCCAACCUACAUCCUUUCCGUCCCAAACCGCUCAAGUCGCCGCUGGCUCUCCUACGUCCUCCCCAAUGCCUUUUAUCGCAAGUCGCAGCGUGUGAAUUCUAUCUACACCACACGAAUCUUCUUCCUUUUCUGCCAGCGCUUCCCGAAUUUCGCGCGAUGGCUGCUCAAGUUGAAUGUGUGCAAGCAACUGCCCAGCCACAUCCCAUACGACCUGCAUUUCAAGCCUAAAUACAAUCCCUGGGAACAGCGGUUGUGUGUUUGUCCCGACGGGGAUCUGUUCCGCAGUCUCCGGCAGGGUAAGGCGGAUGUCAAGACGGAUACUAUUCGCAAGGUUACAAAGAAUGGAAUUCUCUUAAAUUCGGAGGAGCAGCUCGAGGCAGAUAUUAUCAUUGCUGCUACUGGCCUGCGAUUGCAGAUUGCAGGUGGCUCAGCGCUGUCUGUGGACGGGAAGAAGAUCGAUGUGGGUGAGAAGUAUCUAUGGAAUGGAAUCAUGCUCCAGCAUCUGCCCAAUGCGGCUUUCGUUAUUGGGUAUACUAAUGCAUCGUGGAGCCUUGGUUCGGACGCUACGGCUCAGUUUGUCUGCCGCUUGCUCAAGGAACUGGAGUCGCGGAAGUUUGUCGCAGCUAUUCCCCGCUUGAAGGAACAGGAGGCUGCUACGCUUGAAGAUCGUCCCCUUUUGAACCUCACGUCAACCUAUGUGUCACUUGCUGAACGUGUGUUGCCCAAAACGGCUGACCGUGGUCCGUGGCAGCCGCGUGAUCAUUAUUGGGAGGACUUGAAAUUUGCUCUGCGUGGUGAUAUGGACACCGGACUGGAAUUUGUGCAAGGGCCAUAUCUGCGCCUGCGCCCUAAGAUGUCGUGA